GAAAAAAAAGAAAAGAAAAGAAAAAAGAAAUGAAGGAGGUUGGACUAGUAAAAAUACAUUUUUAUAAAUGUGGCAGGAAAGGCUUAAAAUUAUACGUGGGGCUUUAAAAAAAUGUAGUAACCACUGGCACACCCCAAAGACUUCUGGGAUCAGGCGUGAACCUGGCAGGCCCUGAUUGGCUGGAGGCAGCUGCAGUCUGGUAGCUGAUUGGCUACACUGGUAGCGGGAAACUGGUUGUGGUGUCAAGCACCGGGCAUUUUGUGGUAGCCCUCAGCCGAGCUCAAAGCCAGUCUGUGGAGCUCCCUGACAAGAGCCAGACGCCACCUCCUUCUCUACCUCAGCUAUCUGUAAGAUGAGUAAGAGUGGGUUUGGAAGCUAUGGCAGCAUGUCUGCUCAGGGUGGGGCUAGUGGAGGCAGUGACCAGCCAUCUGAGGGAGGUGUAGCUCCGGCUACUAAGACCUCUAGACCCAGGGCCCGAAUCCAGGAUAUUAUACCUUGUUGUGUGAACCAGCUGCUCACCUCUACGCUGGUCGACAAUGUAUUCAAGAUUAGGGGAAUUGUAGUUUCCCAGGUCUCCAUCGUGGGGAUAAUCAGGCAGGCAGAGAGGGCUCAAAAUGGUAUUAUUUAUAAAAUUGAUGAUAUGACCUCGAAGCCAAUCGAGGCCCGGCAUUGGCUUGGUAGAGAUAAAGUCAAGCAGACGACUCCGCUACCAGUCGGAGUAUAUGCUAAAGUGUUUGGCAUCCUUAAGUGUUCCGCGGGAACAAAGAGUCUUGAGGUAUUGAAAAUCCGUGUCCUGGAGGACAUGAAUGAGUUCACCGUACAUAUUCUGGAAACGGUCAAUGCACACAUGACGCUGGAUAAAGGCCGUGAGGAGACCGCUGGGGAAAGUGUGCCUUUGGCCCCAUCACAGAGGGAUGACGUCAGGGAGUCUGAGGAGAGCCUCAUCCGGAAGGAGGUGCUGCGUUUGAUUCACGAGUGUCCUCGACGGGAAGGGAAGAGCAUCCAAGAGCUCCAGACCCAGCUCUGCGGCCUGAGCAUCAAAGCCAUCAAGGAAGCGAUUGAUUAUUUGACCACUGAGGGCUACAUCUAUUCCACUGUGGAUCAGGAGCACUUUAGAUCCGCUGAUUAAGGAAGCAAAAGCAUCCUUUCAUUUUCCGAAGGCCCUUGCCUCCAGCUGUGAGCAAUUUUGAACUGUUGACUUUUAGGAAGUAGGACUUUUCAACAAAAAAUCUGAACUGGCAUCCUUUGGCAACUCGCUGCUUUUCCAACUGCUUUGAACUGUUUGGUUGUUCUAACUAUUUGAAGCUCAGAGGGAGAUGGCGAUGGACAAAUUGACUGGACUCUGUAGAAUUUACCAUCAAAAUAAUGGAAACACUCUAGGAUGGAUGAUUUUGGGGGGGAGAAAAGCUACAGAAAAAGUUGAAAUUUAUUAUUUAGCUUCUUUGUAAAGAAGUAUAGGGGCUUCUUUUUCUGAAAUAUCUACAUAUUAGGAGAAACUAGUUGCAGUCAGGGAGCCAGCUAAGAGACAAAAACAAAAAAAAAAUUUUAUGUGUUUUAACAUUAGACUUAUUUUCCAUGUUUGGACUUAGCUUAUUAUAGUCAUAUUGUUAUCUCUUGCUAAAUAUAGUAAUUGAUUAAUUCGAAUGUGCUAAAGAUAGUGAUUUAUGAAUUCAAAUGCUCAAUUCAAGCACUUCUUGUGUGAUUUGCUCUUAUUACCAAAGGUUUAUGUUUUCUUAAAAUUAAGAUCACAAUGUGUUUAAAUAAAUACUUCAUUUUUGCAGCAUCAUCUUUGAGUACUUUUCUUAAAAUAUGGUAAAAUCAAAUGAUUAUUUCAAAUGCGAUGUGAUAUUUGGAUUAAACUGCAAUUUAUUGUAGUUGCAUGGUACCUGGAUGCCAAACUUUCUGUAAGUUUGAUGUGGUGGUGAAUUGAGGCUGCUAUAUUUAGUAACACACUCUGUUUUAUGUAUAACAGGAUAUUUUUCUUAGAGCUUAGGCAAACAAAAAGUCAUAGGAAUAUGAAACAGCAAGUUUAACGGAAAUUUAUUCUAAUGUUUUAUUAAAAUGCUUUUGAGUGAUUUUUUUUUCUAAGUACAUUUGAAAAAGGUAGCUGGGCCGGAUGGCUCAUACCUGUAAUGUAGCACUCUGGAAGGCUGAGGUGGGAGGAUCCCUUGA